CGCGGGUGGGGUGGCUGAAUGCUUGUCUUCCGCGCUGUGUAGCGCAGUGUGGUGGAAAUGGAUACAAUGUUGAUUAUGUGUCAUGCAGAGAGAGAAGUAGCAAUGAAAUGUCUUGAAACGGUACACGAACGGCAGCGAAAGCUGAGAGGAAUAAUAUUGAAGGACAAAGUCAAAGCCAGACUCGUGAAAGUGUGUGAGUCUACCCGUUGAGGUAGCCAGCUAAGAAAGUACCAAUGCCUUGCCAGGUGCGUUUCAUUAUACCGUUGUCUUCUUUUGUUUUCAUUUUCUUCUUUUACGGCUGUGGUUCUCCACUAUGGCUUGCACGCUGCUCCGCAUCGUCCAGGCAGCAGUGAAUCUGAGGAGGAGGUUUGAGUGUGCUAUACAGUCCUCGUUCGACUCGGUGGAGAGCGGCGACGUGGCCGAGGAGCGAGACGAGCAAGCCAACACGGAAGAAAAUGGACAUGCUCAGCCUGGAGAGGAAGACAUGAACACAAGUGAGCAGCUGUCCCAAAACUUUCAACUUUCGUUCGCAGAGGAGGACGAAGAGAUUGAGAAUAUAGGUGAGCCCAUUCAGACAAAAACUGUUGACCUCACUAAGCCCAAAAUGACGUUCAUCAACUUUGAAGAGACGGGAGAUGAUGGUAAUAUAGAAAACGAAGCUUAUAGAGAUGCCAUCACAUCAAGCUCAAUUGAAAUUAUUGAAGAAAACGCGUUUUUCCCUCUAACCAAAGAAAGUGGGAGUGAAGCACAGACAAAAGAAUACAGUUUUACAGACACUGAAAGUACUACUCAUGUUAGAGAGGACAUCCAGCCUGCUGCAAUUCAGAAAAUUCCUCUAGUGCAAGUAAACGAAAUCAGUGGUUCAGACAGAAGUAGUGAUAGUGAUAGUGAUAGUCGGUGUAGUGUGAAGUCUGUGAGGUUACGAUACGCUGACGCAGUGUCGCCCUCUAGCGGCUGCAAACCAGCUAAGUUAAUCCGGAGUGACGCGCUUGAAACAAACGCUGAAAAGGAAUCAAAUAACUUGCAAUGGAUUCUUCUGGUGAAAGAAUCGGGAUCGGAAUUAGUGAAAGAAAGCGACAAAGAAAAUGGAGAUAGCACGACCGAAAGUGAGAUUGACAAGACUGAACUGAUGGGGUAUUCAGAUUGGUUACUUAAAGGUAAGGAGAGUCUUGAGGUUGGGACCUCAUCGGACGAAAAUGACGUUGAGAGUCCUGGAACAGAGGAUGAUGACGAGGUAGAAGACGAGGAGGAGGUGGAGGAAGGAGAGGAGGAGGAGGAGGAAGGGGAAGAGGAGGAGGAAGAGGACGAGGAGAACUACGACAGUGAAGACUACCUGGAAGACGACGACGAGCUCAUGGCGGACGCAUCUUUCGACGACUCCUUCGUGGACGACGGCUUCGUCAGUCUCGAGCUGGACGAGUACGAUAAUGACGUCAUUAUCGAGGAAAACGAAGAAGAUCUGGAGAGAGAACGAAUGGAAGAGGAGGUAAUGGAGGAGAUGAGAAGAUACUGGCAAGAACGGGGCGGUCGUGGAGAGCAGACAGAACACAGGAAGCUUAGCAGACAGUACAGUCCAGCACUUUACCUUCCUGGUAUCCCGGAGACCAAGGUGGUGCUGGAGGCCAAAGAGGAAGGAGGAGGCAGCGGCCGUCUUAGGUAUACCUCUUCGUACAGGUGCAGUGUCGGGCACUGUGGCAGCUGAGGACCACCUUAGAGGAAGAGGACCCUGAGGACCCCGACUCAGACUCAGGCAGAAUGGAGGUCUACAGCUCUCCAGACCAUCACUCGCCUGGGAGAACAUCAGACUUGGAGAAUGUCACCAGCGCCACUAGUCACACCACCUCCUUUGAGAGCAACACCGACGCUGUCGUGGGCGGCGAGACGGGCGUGGGAGUGGAGGCGGAAGAAGGCGAGGAGGCCGAGGUGGAGGUGGAGGAGCAGGAAGUGCAGGAGAGGGACCAGGAGCCGGAGCCACCCCAGACGCGCCUCACCCUGCCCUCCUCUGAAGCCAGACGGACCUCAUACAGAGCAAUCCUCGCAAACAGGCUUAAGCACCUGGAUGCAUCUACGAGGCCGCCGCUGUCGUCAGAAAACAGCUUCGAUUCAGUGGACACUGAGUGUUCUUCCACCACUGACCUGAGUCGCCCUGAAGGCCUCACUACCAGUUUCGAUUCGACCACCGAUUGCCCCACGGACUCCACCAGUGACACUCACUCCCACCGUCUUCAGCAAAUGAAGUCUGACAGUGGCUACAGAAGUCUGGAGGUCAACAAUAGUCGUCCGCCCAAACUCAGCAAGAAACAAAUUCACUUCGUCGAAGAUAGUCUGGAAGCGCAAGAGAUCGACAUGGAGCGAGACCGCAGUCGUGAGAGACACAGAGACCCUGACUUUCUAUUCGGCUCCCAGGACAGCAUUGGGGAUCCUCAGAGCAAGAGAGAACGACUUCGGAAGAGUGUCGCGCAAUUUGAGAGACGCUGGGGUAAGACUCAUGCCAAAAAGCGUAGAGAAGCCCUUCGGGAGAGACAUGCCUCCCUCGACACUAUUCUGGGAGGAUCAAUGGGCAGCUCAUUCAUUGGUGUUGGAGGCUCGCUGGAAGCCGAUGCCACAACAACCGACGAAAUCAGUGGGAAGAGAUCCGUUUUGGCAAGAUUCCUUCACACUCACCGCUAUCCAGCUGCUCAUUAUCGCUUACUUCAGCGAGACUACUCCAUCGAUGAAAAAUCGGACCGUUUAUUUAAAGAAUUCAGCCGUACUGAGAUUCCGCUGGAAUGGGAACCGGUCAGUAGGAGAUGCAGUCGUCUGUAUACUGGGCGUCGCCUUCACCGUCACCUGGAUGCAGAGAGCUCGCCUAGAUCACACCGCCGCAAACUCUCACCCCAGGACUCUAUCGAAGAGGAAGAUCAGGUGGCAGCAGCGUUAUGGGCGGGUGAAGUGUCGAGACCAGAGUCUCUUGCGGGGUCUAUCGGUGGGGAGGAUAUCCCUGCCUUUGCCCUUACCGAAGAAGCUGAAUGAU